CACAUUCAUUUUUGAAACUUAAACGACGUCUGGGGCGUAAUGAGAUAUUGGAAGGAUCAAGAUUUUCAUUUGGUGCUGUGACUUAAAACUGCGACAUUGUGCCAUCGCCCGACGACGACCUGGCAUGAAUGCUCCGACUAAAAUCAUAUUUGAGGUGACGUCAUCUUGAUUGGUGGCUUGAGCCUCACUCGAUAACCCCAACUGUAAGAUUGAUGGCAGGAAAGGCACUCGUACGCGUCGUUGACACCAUAACAACAAAGAAGGCAGAGACAAAUGCCGCCAACGAUGGAAAAUGAGGGUCAAGAUUCUGGUGGCAAUGAUUGGACCACCGACCGUAACGCCUAUACUACAAGCGCAUCCGCCAUUGAAAGCAACUCGAUACCUGACCUUCAAAAGUCUCUGGCUCUUGCGCGUGACUUUUUCGACGACGACGAAUAUGCUCAGUUCCGUGAAGAGGUAUUCCGCGAUAUCUUAAGCUACAACUCGAUGGAUCUUUUAUUGUACAUGCUCGACUAUGAACGAAUACCCAUAACGAUGGUAACCCCCAACUCUAUUUUCCAGUGGGCUUCAAAAUCUCUCAUCGAUGCACUUACCAGCCGUGGAUGGGAUGUGGACGCCAUGGACCCCCCUGCUUUCAAUGGCAAGCGUCUUCUGGACUACUUCGUUCGAGAGCGAUAUGGAAAAGAAGACUUAGCGCGCUGGCUAGUCCAGGAGAAGGGAGCAACUGUCACUAGCAGAGGUUCAUGUCCUCCUAGUGAUAGGGACGUAAUGCGAACACCACUACUUGAGACCUGUGCGGCGUUUGGAACCGUAUCUAUGCUCACAUUCCUUGAGCGGGAGGGCGCAAAUCCCACCUCACGAAUGCUGCAUGUCGCAGUUGAGGUAGCUGCUGGAAGAGGUGUCGAUCCCGACUCUGACCUUUCACAACAACCUCAAGACAGACACGAUAGAAGUGUCGAGAUGUUACACUACCUCGUUAUUAAGCGUCAGAUGAGUGUAAAUGCAAUAGACACCGAUGUCUGUCCCAAGGGUGGCACCGAUAUAUACUGGGGAACACCAAUCUGUUAUGCUGCGCGAUGCAGUAAAGGGGCACAAGUUGUACGAUGGUUGCUCAAGAAAGGUGCCGACCCUACUAUAAGGAGCACAUGCUCAGGAAUGGAUGCUAUAGCAUGCGCUAGGGAGGCUAAAUGUGACGAGAUUGUGUCCAUUCUAGAAGAUUGGAGAGGGGAGAGAUACAAAAACGAAGUUUAAGGGGUGAUUUUCUAGCGUUCGAGAUGCUUGUAACACAAUUGUGAGAGAAAAUGUAGUGUGCACCCAAAAUACGGAAGCAACGUAAUGACUUCCCAUUUACGAGCUAUGCUGGCUACAUGCAAUAUUUUCGUUAUACACUCCGUAUAUCGUAAUCGAAGAGCUUAUAACAGAAUUUCUUUUUGGAUAAUUACACUGCAUCAUUAGCAACUCUUAUGUACCUCAUCAAAACUGAGCGUACCAAGCGAGACAAGGUGCUCUCUCUCUCUUUCCUAG